UGCCGUUUUUUAUGAAUGGGCCGCGCGGUCUCGGGGAGGUCCCGGGGGGGGGGGAGGCGCGUCAUCCAUUCAUGCCUUCGCUCCGGCAGCCGGGCGGCGUUAGGACCCGCGCGGAGGGCAGCGGCGGAGGCGGCUCGGCUGGGUCGGGCGCGGCGGCUCCUUCCGAGGGUGAACCUGAUCCGGCUUUUUGCUCGCUGCAGGCCCGGCAGGAGGAGGAGGAGGAGGAAGAAGAAGAUGCCCAGCAAGAAGAAGAAAUACAACGCGCGCUUCCCUCCGGCUCGAAUCAAGAAGAUUAUGCAGACAGACGAGGAGAUCGGCAAGGUGGCUGCCGCUGUCCCCGUGAUCAUUUCUCGGGCCCUGGAGCUCUUCCUAGAAUCGUUACUGAAGAAGGCCUGUCACGUGACGCAGACCAGGAAUGCCAAGACCAUGACCACGUCGCACUUGGGCCGGAAACCUGGUGCUGGGCGAAAGAAUGGCGGCACAGGCAAAGGACGGGAUCCGAAGCAGUCGGGCACAGACUCGGAGGAAGAGGAUGACUCGGAAGACACCGAGAGCAACGGCGACGAGGAAGUGUCCCAAAUCGUGCCCCCGGCACAGCCUGCCAUACAUCUCUCCACUGCUCCUGCACCCUAUUUACAUUUCACCUCCCUGCCGGUGUCCACAAUACCUCUGCCUGUCGCUGCACCAACAGGGGUGGUGCCAGUUGCGCCCCCACCUGCACCGCUUGCGCCAGUCCAGGAAGACGAGGAGGAAGAGGAAGAUUAUGACUCGUAGCCCUAGUUCUGUUUUCGCCGUUGCCACUUUGGGGGUUGGGGUGGGGGGAGGGAGAGAGCAGGGUUUGGAAGGGGGUGUUCUUAAAUUUAUUAAAAAACGUGAAACUGUGGCAGGAGCUGCUUCAGUGGUUCUUGUCCCCCCACCCCACCCUGCCAGUGCUGAGACAAGCAAUGGUGGUCUUCCCACCGCCCCAAAUCUCCACAACCUGGUAUUCAGUCCACUCUUUUUGUUGCUUGACAGAAAACCAGAGAGAGAGAGUUUGAAAAGCAAAUCAAUUUUUUUUUAAAUCAAGAUUAAAAAAAAAGAAUGAGGGCGACUUCUUCCCCCUUCUCCUGAAGCUGGAACAAAGAACAAAGUUUGGAGGGGGGGGACCAGUACUGAGUUGUCCCAUCCUUCCACAAAACCAUGUGAGCCCCACAGAGUGUGCAAAAACAUUCAUAAUCAGCCCCCUCCAGGCAAACAGAUUUUCUCUUGCAGAGGGGAGGGAAGAGGAAAUCUUUCUGGCUAGCAGGGAGGACGCAAGCAGAUAAUUACUGUUGCAGAUCCUGAACUGCCUGGGAAUUUAAAAGUAAGCAAGCAAAUGUUUCGGCUGCCCUAGUCACUGAGUAUGGGGGAACAGCGACUCUGCAGCCCCACUAAACCAUGUUAUCUUUUCAUUGCCACUUUUAAGAAACUAGUAUUUGAGGCUUCCAGAGAAGAAUGAGAAGGGUGAGAUGUUUCAGCAGCAGCGAGAGGGACCAAUUCUUGGGGUGAAGUUAGUUGCCUCCUUUAUUCCCCCCCCCACUUGUGCCUUCCAUAGGAGCCUGAUGGCUGUAAAUUCAACAGGCGUAGGUUUUGCCAUAGCCAAUGGAGGGUUUUAACUAUUGAAUUUCUCUUGCUGGACUGCUGUUUUAAACUAUCAGGGGAGGCGUGAGAAAUCUUUCGCCCGAGGCUAUUCUCCCCAUACCACACCCACCUGCCCCAUACGUGACAUUGGGAAGGCAGUACUUAAGGACACGGCUCUAAAAGAACAAUUGCUCCUUUACAAGCGGGGCUCGCUGUCAGCACCUGUCAGCUGAUUGACACUGACAGCAAGCCCCACUGCACUUGGCUGAGGAACAUCCUAGUGCAGCCAAGGAGGAACAGCGCUUUGCAAGAACUGACAACCAGCUGAUUGUCUUUGCCUCCAAAGCGCUGUGCCUUUGCUUGCAGUUUGACUUCAAAUCGCACAGCCAAAGAAAAAUGUCGCUGUGACAUCAGGUGGUUGGCUCUGUUCCAUCUGUCAAAGUUGGCCUUCAGGGGACAGAAGUGGGCCAGAUCCACUUUCCCACCCCCUGGACCCAGCCCAGCCAGCAAAAAUGGUGGCAAAGCUACUUUUCUGCCCUGCAACGUGGGGAGGGGGCAGGUGGCCUCCCACUAGAAAGCCACACGCUGCACCAUCCCAUUUUGGCACAACCUUGAUCUACAGCCACACUCUUACUUGAUGUGACCCUCACCAAUGAAAAAGAGGGGGGGGUUCUUUCAACUGAAAGCAAGUCAGAAGUAAACCCAGUUUCCAGGUCCCAAGAUUGACGCUUAAGAUGGAGGGGGGGGGGUUAUAAUUUUCAAAUUUUGCCGGGGGAGGUGUCACCUCUCUUGUGCGAUCUUAAAUUAUAGCUCCGUGAAAAAAGUGUAGUUUUCAGAGACCCACCCAUGGAAAAAGGCAGUAGAUCCUGCUCUCAGGAUGUGCAAGUAAGAUGGGCUCCUCCUUAUAAUUCUUUUCUUGCUUGAGGGGGGCAGGCAGGGAGAGAGAGAGCUGUGUAGUUCAGCUACGCUUGGGCCAUGCAACAGCACAGGAAAGAGAUGAGAUGUGAGCUGUUCAAGGCUGCGGGCGGGGGGGGGAGAGAGACAGAAAAGGCCUAGAUAGCAGCCAAAUUACCCCUCUGCAAGGUGCACUUAAAUGUUUCUCUCACAGCCAUGAGGCCUGGAAACUUGCGUCCUUUUCGCUGAAAGGAGGGAGGAUGGAAAUGGAGGAAUUUCCCUGAGCAAAAGUUUGCAGCCUGUGCUGCACCAGAAAUAUGCAGAAGUGAAGCUUGCAAGAGGUGGAGAGGAUUGACCUUUGGCCCCUUCACACAGGUCCCCAUCCCAAGGGGUGGGGGUUGCUUCCCCAAGCUCUAUGAGGACAAGGAACUUGGGAGGGGAAAAGCACAGAAGAAAAUGACCAUGGAUGCUCGGAAGGGUCCCCCAACUUUGUUUUCCCUUCCAAAACAGGAAAUUUGUCAAAAAGAAAUAUUUCACUGAUCCCAAGGUGUGACCCACACAGCCAAAUUCUGCAUUGUGGGGGCUCAACAGAGAAUAGGAAGUGGACUGGAAUGCAUCAAGGCAGAGGAAGAGAAGGGGGGUCUUAUCGCACCGUCACCCCAAGCUUCUCCAAGAUUCGGGUCCCCUUCUCCAGGUAUUCGGACCGCCGCAGCCAAAAGCUAUCCUUGUCUUUCAUGAUGUCAGCAAGCACCGCCCCCCCUAAGAAGACCAU